ACAACGCAAGAAAAACUCAUGGCCACAGUUAUUCUAUCUGGCUGACAGGUAGCAAAGGGUCAAGUGUCCCUGAUAUCUCUGCACCGGAAGAUCGCCUUAGCUAAUGUUAAUCCAAUACACGAAAAUUAAACCCCUUAAAAGUCAAGGAUUAAGUGAAAAGCAAGUGUAAACCUAAAGGGAUAAACUGCAAUAAAAUUUUCAAAAGUCAUUAUCUUUUGUGUGCUAUUGACAUUAUGACAGAUCAACAAAGGGCAGUGAGAUUAAAAUCUAAAUUGCAAAAACAAUAAACAUAAUAAAUAACACUAGACACCAUACGAGCACCACCAACAACACAAAGUAAUUGUAGCAAAAGUGUAAAACUUGUCAUCGUCGUUAUUAUUGGCAAAAAUUUAUGACUUUCCUGUGGACUUUAAACCAGAGCACAGACUAAAUUGCAACAGCAACAAUAAACAACGUUUAAAAUCACCACCACAACCACUACCAACACAUUUUAAAUUCCAAUUCUAUUCUAAACGGCACAAACACACACGCAAUAAUUGCCGGCAUUGAAUGCAGUUUUCAACUCUUGCACACACAUACACCGAUAUGUAUUCGCUUCUCGAAAGGGCACAAUAAACUCUUUUUUCACCUAUUUUCAACUCUAUGAUGAUAGUCGAUUCAAGACUUUAAGACCUCAGCCUAGUGGAAAAUCCAAACGUCUCAACAAAACCAAACAUCAUCUGUUCAUGUGCGUAUCGAUCGCUGUUCUACGAAGCAAACAAAAUAACGUCGGCAAUUUUAUCUGUGUCGAUCAUCGGUCUUAUGGCCUUUUUUUAAUUCGUAUUUUUCGGACAUUUGUUGAGAAUUGAAAAACCACCGGUUUUAUAUCAAAAUUCGUAUACAAUUUUUAGAAAGAAAGAGAGAAAGGAAGAGAACAAGUAACAAACAUUUGUGUGAAAAUACAACCUGCCGUCGCAAGAGUCAUCAUUGUUUUUGUUUGUUUCCCCCCGUUGCCAUUGUGUUAAUUGAUUUAUGGCCUGGAAACCCAUGGAAAGUCAAAGACAUGGACAAAUGUAAUAUUAGCGACAGGUUUUGUGAAAUUCUAUAACAAUGUUGUGGACCAUCAAUGCGGGAAUUAAAAAUUUAUUAUAGCACUUGAGUGGUGAUUUUUCGUUUUAGAAAAAUGAAAUUAAUGUCUGCUGCAAUUGAAACGAAAUACAACAUACUUAUUUGUUAGUGCAAAAAAGAAAAUAUUAUUAAAAACUUCAAAGCGAAACACGAAUAACCACACAUUCCUUGAACAAAAAAAAAGUAUUAAACAUUAAAAACAAAAAAAGGAAACAUCAAUAUAUUUUAAUAUCAUCGUUAAAGUUGGAUAUUUACGGAGAAUCAUCUUGAAUUGAUCUUCAUAUCACCUUUCUGGUUCCUUAUUUACUUGGUUCCUUCCCUUAAUACGGCUAAUUGCUAGCCGCCAACAUUUUCAACAAAAUACCGUCCAUCAUGGAUCCCGAUUGCUUUGCCAUGUCUUCGUAUCAGUUUGUCAACUCGCUGGCCUCAUGCUACCCUCAACAAAUGAACUCACAACAGGGCCAUCCCGGUAAUCCUAGCGGCAGUGCAAAUACACCUAACAGCAAUGGUGGACCCGGUGCCGGUAGUGCGGGUAGCGCCAAUUCUGGUGCUGCCACACCGGGUAAUGACUAUUUUCCUGCCGCAGCUGCAUAUGCACCAAAUCUAUAUCCCAAUACACCUCAGGCCCAUUAUGCCAAUCAGGCAGCUUAUAGUUUAGGUGCGGGCGGUGGUGGUGGAGCUGGUUCUCAGGCAACACCUCCCGAAAUGGUUGAUUAUACACAAUUACAACCUCAACGUUUACUGAUGCAACAUCAGCAACAACAACAGCAGCAGCAACAGCAACAUAAUGCCCACGCGUCGGCUGUCAAUCAACAGCAACAACAGCAGCAGCAACAAUUAGGACAACAACAACACCCGCAACAACAAUCUGGCAACAUUAGCUGUAAAUAUGCCAAUGAUCCUCAAACACCCACCGGCAAUAAUAAUAGUUCCAGCAAUACAAAUAACAAUCAAUCAUUGGCCAGUCCCCAGGAUCUAUCGACAAGAGAUAUCUCACCCAAAUUAUCGCCAUCAUCGGUUGUGGAGAGCGUUGCCAGAUCUCUGAAUAAGGGUGUUUUGGGUGUCAAUCUAAACAACAAUCAUAGCAAUAAUGUCAACGUACCCAUGCACAGUCCCGGUGAAGGUGAAUCGGACUCGGAGAGUGAUAGCGGCAAUGAGGCGGGCAGUAGUCAAAAUAGUGGCAAUAAGAAGAAUCCUCCACAAAUAUAUCCCUGGAUGAAGAGAGUACAUCUGGGUCAAAGUACUGUCAAUGCCAACGGCGAAACAAAACGACAACGGACCUCAUACACCCGCUACCAGACGCUGGAACUCGAAAAAGAAUUCCACUUCAAUCGUUACCUGACCCGCCGGAGACGCAUCGAAAUCGCUCAUGCCCUCUGUCUGACUGAACGCCAAAUAAAAAUUUGGUUCCAGAAUCGUCGCAUGAAGUGGAAAAAGGAACAUAAAAUGGCCUCCAUGAACAUCGUGCCGUAUCACAUGGGUCCCUACGGACAUCCCUAUCAUCAAUUCGAUAUUCAUCCGUCACAGUUUGCACAUUUGAGCGCAUAGGACGCGUGGCACUUUUCGGGUACUGGUUAGAGGCUCAAUCAGUUGUAUCAGGAACCAUAUCAGGCGGCAGCAGCAGCCAGUGUUGCUGGCGGUUAUCAAACACAGAACGCUCAAGAUUUGGGCGGCGCUGGUGGUGGAGGUGUGGGUGUAGGUGGUGUUGGCGUUGUGGGCGGCACAGCGGCCGUCGGUGGUGGGGCAAAUGCUCUCUUUGCCUCGGCGGCAGCAGUGGCGUCGUCAGCGUCAAAUGCCGAUUGUGUUAAAUAUCCACAAGAAUUCUGAUCUCAAGUUAUUAUUGCGCCGCAACAGAGGUUAAUGUCAUCGGCAGCGUUGUCGCAAAUCGAUGAAAAUGUGGCCAGUAGUAGUGCGGGCAGUUGUAUAGAGGGUGUUGUACACGAAAAUGAUGAUGGCGAGGAUGAAGAAGAUUCAUAUGUUCAUCAGCGCCAUCAUCAUCAUCAACAACAUCCUUCACAACUUCCACCACCGCCAUCAUCGUCACAUCUUCAUCAUCAGCAGCACAGCGCUCAUCACGAUGAACUCUGUAAACAGGAGACAUAUGAUUUAAACGAAAGUAUGCUACAUACUGGACUCUUGAAUAAUACUGUCUCCUGUCUACGUGGCAAUGAUACGGAGAUUAGUAGCACCGCAGCUGGAGUAGGUGCAGAAGGUGACAAUUUAUAUUGUUGCUAGAAGCAAUCCCCACUCCAUGGCACAUAAGACCUACACUCCAACUCCAUCUGACCCCCAAUCAAUACCAAUGACAUCAGCCGCUGUUGUUUGUUUGAGAAAAAUAUACUCACACGUACAUAACUCAAGAAUAUUCAAGAUGUGAUCAAAAUUAUAUCAUCCAAUUUAUGAAGUUCCGAAUACAACUGAUUUGAGCUAAACUACAAACAGAGGCAGGCUUUAUAAUUUAUCCACCGAUGUGAAACAAAAUAUGAAAACGCUUCAACAAAUUUAAGUUUAACUUUUUCUUUCCUUUGGAUAUUCUUUGAGGUUGUACUGUUUCAAAAUUAGAACAAAAUUGUAUGUUUGAUUUUAAAGCGUUUUUCAUAUUCCGAGGUGUUUGAUAUUGUGCUAAAACCAAUAACACAUAAAGCCUGCCUUUGAUUGGUUUAUACUACUGGCAUAUUUCUGUUUUUCCAACUUCUUGUUUAGUUCAAAUAUUUUUAGGCAAUUCUUUUUUUUUUUUUUUUUUGUAAAUUUGAAAAAUUUUGAAAAUAUUAUUUUGUAAACUUUUUGUUUUGUGUUUUUAUCAGCCGUCCAGUAUGAUAGACCAUUUGAAUCCAAUCAGUAUUCGAAAAGAGCCUUAGUGUUAAUAGGUUAAGUUUUAUUAUAAAUAUUAUUAUAUUUCAUAAGUUUAAGUAGAUCAUAGUGUAAAUUUAAAAUGAAAUUGAAUGUUGCUAUUAAUUCCAAUAAGAAAAAUGACGACCAUUGGCAACACUGGUCCCACAUGAUUGGCAAUAUUUCUCUGGUUCCCUCAUUCUCUAUGUUUUCUUUUUUGUUAUAUGAUUGGCAACACAUCUUAUCAUAGACACACACACAUACUCAAAACUACUGUGCUUUAGAAAUUUUAAUUUAGUUUUUGUUAGAACCCUUAAUUUACUCACAGCAGUGCUUUUCAAACCAUGGUUUACUCUUGAGAACGUUAUAUAUUUUUUUUGUUUAUACGUGCACAUAUUUUAAAAUUACUCUAAUAAAUUUCUUAUUACUUAUUAUUUAUAUAUAAAUAUAAAAAAAGAUAUUUUGUUUUAAUUAUACCGAAAGAUUUUGAUUUUUCCAUUGAAAAAUUGACAUGGAAAAGAUUUAAAUUAUUCCAAAAAAAAAAAAAAAAAUCAGAAAAAAACACACUAAAGCUUAGAAUAUUAUAUGAAUGCGGAAUAACAGCUAUGGUUAAAAUGCAUUUAUUUGAACAUUUUUCUUUUUGAGGGAACUGGAAAAUCCAUUAGUUAUAUUCAUAAGGAUGCAAAUAAAUGUUAAUCAAUGGAAACUUCUAACCCCUAUCUGAGAAAUACAUCAAAUUUCUUCAAAAAUAUUGUCUUAUUAUGGAUAUCAAAAACUUCGAGUAAGAGCUCUUUCGUGAGUUUUCCAUCCUUUCCUGGUUUUGGUUUUUCCCUCACCAGCUUCAACUUGAUACCUUCUCAAAAAAUAUAACAUCAAAUAUCAUUUUGUAGGUCCCGAUCUUUGAUGGCGAAAUUUUUGCCACUACCGAGGAGGUGAAUUAAGAUCUAGAUACCUUUGGUCCCUUCGCUUUGUAAUAUUUUUUAUUACUUCUGUCUUUUUGUCUACGCAUGAACAUUUGAUUUAACUUCAUUAUCUGAGACUCUGAAUGCCUAAUCGUUGCCUGAGUCGGAGUUUCAGUUUGCAGCUCUCUCUCUCUCCUUCAUUUUCCUUAUACUUUCGUAGGACCUGCACCGAAGGGGGUUUCUUUGAGUUUUCAGAAGACCACAAAAGACUUUGUUCUUUUUUGUUUAUUAUUCAUAAAGAGUUAUGUUUCGGAGUCCGAGAUACAUUCUAGGUGUUUUGUUCAGUUCUUUCUUUGAAAUAAAAUAAACUUAAUAUUCAGGGUUUAACAUAACCUAUAAACUUACAAUUGUUCUGUAUCACGUGGCUGGGCCAGGUGCUGCAACACAUUUUAUUACAUUUUUCAAUUUAUCAUAACGUUCUCAAGUCAGCACAUAUUUUUAAUUGUUUUUCAGUUUGCUUGCAGCUUUUUUGUACUUAAAGUCCAUUUUUUAUAUAAUUUAUUAGCCUAUUAUUAAAAAUAUGUUUGUUUCUAUCACUGUUUUCUGAUUUUUUCUUUUUUUGUUUUUUUGUAAAUAAUUAAAUUAUAUACCUUCACAAAAUCCCAUUUUUAACAGACAUUAAAAAAUAUGAUUUUAUUACGGUUUAAAGAAAAUAUUUAAUUUUCUUCUUGGUUUAAUGCUUUAUACUUCAAAAAAAAAAAAAUAAUUCUUACGUUUUUCUUUUCAUUUCAAUACAAACGAACUUAGCAUACAAAUAGUUAUUGAAUAUCCUCCCAAAAACAAAUAAAACAAAUUCGGAAACACAGGGCCGAUUGUCUUUAGGAUGUUUUGUCCUUUACGUUGAUGGUAAAUAACAUACCGAUUUAUCUUAAAUGCAAUAUUAUUUUUUGUGUUUUUAGACAAACAAAACAACAACAUAGUGAUAAAUUUAUGAUUUUAAGUUUCUAGAAGUAAUGAUAAUUUGCAAUAGAUUCAAAAUACUCCAUUAUAAACAACAAACAUAUAAAACUAAAACACAACUUUGUAAAAAUGUUAAUAAUUUAUAAAAUAAAAAAUAUAUAAAUAAUUUUUAUUUUAAUAUUUUAUAUCAUUUUAAGUAGUUUAUAUUUAUAAAUAGUAAAAGUAAUUAUUAUAAAAAAAAAAACAAACAAAAAACAAGAAUAUCAGGUUUAAAAGUUGUUUUAAUUUUUAGCAAUAAGCAAACAAAUAAAUAUAAGUAAUACAAACUAUUUACUAUAUAAAGUAUAUAUACAAAUGUUUAAUUUAAUAACACCGAAAUUAUAUACUCAAAUUUCAUGUCCCAGCUGUCUAUAUUAAAAAAAAAAAAAACAACAACAACAUCCACAUUUUGUUACCUUUAGCAUAAAACAACCUAUUCUCAACGAGACAUUUAGCAACUAAAAAUUGAAUACAAAACUUUAUAGUUAGAGCUCCCAUAAAAUUAAUAAGAAAACAAAAUAAAUUUUAGAUUAAUAACUAUUAUUUAUAAUGUAAUAUUUAUAUGCAAUAAGGUUAGUGCAUCAUUUACAAAAAUGUGUUUCUUUAAAAAAAAAAUGUGGAUUACAUUUUAGUUAUUACAUAAGAAUCGAAUACCCACAAAAAUAUAAACUAGUAAAUAUUUUAGCACAAAUUUAUUGUUUUCUUAAUUUCUAAUUACAAAAAUAAUUAUUUUAUUAUUUAUAAUUAAACAAACUAAACCAACAACAAUGAAACAUUAUGGGCAUCUCCCACUCGCUUUUAAGUUAUAAGGCACCAUAAGAACAAUUUAUACAUACCUAUAAUUCUAAUAAAAAUUGAAAGCAAAACAUAAAACAAAAACUUCAAA